AUGGAUGAUCUCCGAAUCGAGUACGAUGCUCCAAAUGGUGUUUACUUCCCCGGACAAGCUGUCACCGGAAAGGUCGUAAUUCAGAACCGUGAAUGGAUUAAAGCAAGAUUUCUAAAAAUCUGCAUUCACGGAGGCGCCCAUACGAGUUGGGGAGACACGGAGAGAAGGCAUAGAAUGGAUGAAAAAGGAAGAAGUGAGCAUUACAAUGAACACGUUACUUACAAUGCAACAGUAAACUAUUUGAGUGGAGAGUCGAUCGCAUGGAAAUCGACAGAUGGCCAGAAUCGCCUUCCCGCCGGCACCAACGUCUUCCCAUUCGCUUUCUCACUACCCUUCAAUUGCCCGCCAAGUUAUGAAGGAUGUCAUGGGCACAUUCGUUAUUCAGUUCACGUGGAAUUGGACAGACCAUGGAAAUUUAAUAAGAAGUCGAAAAAGUGUUUCUCUGUGGUUCCGGCUUACGACUUGAACAUCACACCAACUGCAGUCAAUCCAAUGGUGAACACAGCGUCGAAGAAUACGGGAUUGAUUUUCAAAAAAGGAAUGGUCUCGAUGACGGUAUCGCUCCCAAAACGUGGCUACGUCGCCGGUGAAAUCCUCCCCAUCACCAUCAACAUUGACAACGGAUCGAAGGAACCCGUAGUGGCAGUCCGUUCCAAAAUGUCUCAACUAUCUCAUUUCCAUGCCAGUCACGGAACUUCCAUGCAUUCCACAACUCAUACUCAUCACAGAAACGACGAAAAGUGUGUGGCAGAGUCGAGAAGAAACGUGAACGUCGCCCCGCGGUCUAAGAGUCAAGUGGUCCUUUCCAUGAAGAUUCCAUCGAUAGUUCCAUCAUUCCAAUGCCCGAUUAUCAACGUGGAUUACUGUAUUUCCGUGAAACUUGAUACCAAUGCAACAUUCGGUGGAACUUUGAAAGUCGAGUUCCCUCUCAUCAUCGGAACCAUCCCGAUCCGUCAGUUGGCUCCAACCGGAGCAGCAGCGGCACCUGCUGUCAUGCCUACAGUAUCCCCAUCAGCUCCACCAUAUCCUGUGAUAGGUGGUGGCGUGUCAGGGGUAUCCGUGUAUCCAACUGCUCCAUCAGCACCACCGGCAAGUCCGGGACCAAUGGGGCCGCCCGGAGGAAGCGGGUUCGGAGGAAUCGGCGCAGGAGCUGCUGUAGCAGCGGCAGGAGCCUCCGCUCCACCUCCAUCUUACGAAGAAUCAAUGUACGGAGUUGGGAAAGUAGAGGAUUCUGAGCCAUUCGCCCCUCGCUACCCGGUCUACAACAACCUUCCAAAUGAGGUCCCUCCAUCUCCAGUAGGUCAAGCGCCAGCCUUGCCAGAGAAAGUUGGAUUCUAA